GACAUUCACCCCCAAACUCUCUCUCUCUCUCUCUCUCUCUCUACCCCGCAGUUUCUUCUUUCUUUUUUCUUCUCCAAUUAAAUUUCCCAUCUUUUUAUUUUCUGUUUGGUUCUCGCUCGAUUCUCCAAUCAACCAAGACAAGGGUCAAAUACCCAGUUAUAUGUGUUCCAAUUCAUCCUUGUUUUGAACGUUAAAUAGAGUCUUAGGCUUUUGUUACUCUAUCUUCUGCUUCAACGCUUCCUUUUAUUCAUCUUGACGACUUCUGGAAGGUUAGGAAAUUUGAUAUUGUUAAAUUCAAAAUGUCUUCUCCAAGCAAGAGGAGAGAGAUGGAUGUCAUGAAGUUGAUGAUGAGUGACUAUAAUGUGGAGACAAUAAAUGAUGGCCUCAAUGAGUUCAAUGUGGAAUUCCAUGGUCCAAAAGAAAGCAUUUAUGAAGGCGGAGUAUGGAAAAUUCGUGUGGAGCUUCCAGAUGCAUAUCCAUACAAGUCUCCUUCUAUUGGCUUCAUGAACAAGAUUUUUCAUCCGAACGUUGAUGAGCUAUCUGGUUCUGUCUGCUUAGAUGUAAUUAAUCAAUCAUGGAGUCCAAUGUUUGACCUUUUAAAUGUUUUUGAAGUUUUCCUUCCACAACUGUUGCUCUAUCCAAAUCCAUCAGACCCACUCAAUGGUGAUGCAGCGUCAUUGAUGAUGAAGGACCGCAAACUGUACGAUCAGAAAGUGAAAGAGUAUUGUGAAAAAUAUGCAAAGAAGGAGCAUAUUACUAAUACAACACCAGAAGAAGAAAGUGGUGAUGAGAAUAUUAGUGAUGAAGGAAGCGAUUCGAGUGACGAUGACAUUGCUGGACAUGCAGACCCGUAGUCAGUCAAUUGCUGGGGGAACUUUAUUUAUGAUUGAAACCUCCAUUAUGUUUACCAUCUUAUCAAGUAACUACCAAUAUUGUAUGACUAGAUUACUUUUGCUUGUAAAAGUAUCAUGAAUAAUGUCAAAUAAUUCAAUUCUGAUGCAGUCAUUGGAUAUUUAAUGUUAUCAAUGUUAGAAGAAACAAGAAAUGAUUAUACGCAUCUA